AAAUGCGGAGGUUAUAACUGCUCUAGUGCUCUCGUAUACAUGUGCUCUCGCACACAUCGCGAUAUUAUUUAUACGUUUUACUUAGAAGAAUUGUCGGUGCAUUCAUAAUUCAUUGUAUAAAUAAUAGCGAAAUAAUAGCGAUUGAUUGUAUGUGAUACGGAAUUCUGCAUUAAUAAAUUAAUGACGGUUUGACGGAUUUGACGGAUUUGACGGAUUUGACGGAUUUGACGCUAGUCGAGCAGCUCUAGUUCACGGUUGUCCGUACAUUUUACAACGUCAUCACAAGCGUGUGAUGUAUCGACGCGUGUUUCGCGAGAUAACGAUUUAUUGUUCUUCGCUAUUUGAUCUGUUUGUUUAUUUCAUUCUGUUUCCAUUCAUUUAUGUCGAUGAUGUAAUAUCCCGACGGAUACUUCAAGAUGUCAAAUAUUGUUAUCAGUAUGUAAAACUAGAUAUAAAGAUGGGCAUAAUUAAUGAAUGGACACAAUUAAUGCGAAUUAACGAUUGUUGUUUUAUGUAUAAUUUUAGAUAAAAUACCUCAGGAAUAAAUUAUAUUGCAGACAAUCAGUCAUCUUCUUAUUUUGCAGAUGCUGAUUAACAAGAUCUUGAUUUUGCACAAUGAUUACUAGCGACAUACAAGGCUCUUUGAAAGAAGCUCUGUAUGAUACAUUAACUGGAAUUUUAUCACCACAUUAUGAAACUCGCAAGGCAGCGGAACAAAGAAUUCAAGCUUUAGAAGUAACUGAGGAAUUUGGUGUACACUUGACAGAAUUUGUUAUCGAUCCCAAUGGUCAGUUGGCGAUUAGACAAUUAGCCUCUGUUUUGCUAAAACAAUAUGUUGAAACACACUGGUGCUCAUUGGCUGAAAAAUUUCGUCCGCCAGAGCUCAACAAUGCUGCUAAAGAGAAAAUUAAAGAGUUAUUACCUUUAGGACUUCGAGAAUCUAUCAGUAAGGUACGAACGGCAGUGGCUUAUGCAAUAUCUGGUAUAGCCCAUUGGGAUUGGCCUGAGAAUUGGCCUGGAUUGUUUGAUGUUCUCGUCAGUUGUUUAAGGGAAGAGAGUGAAUACGCUGUUCAUGGGGCAAUGAGAGUGUUGACAGAAUUUAGCCGAGAUUUAACAGAUGCUCAGUUGCCUAAUGUGGGACCCAUUAUUCUAGAAGAAAUGUACAGGAUAUUUCAAAGUGAAAAUCAGUAUUCGAUUAGAAUGCGUGGUCGUGCAAUCGAGAUCUUCAUAACAAUUACAACUUUGGCUAAUACAGCAGCGUGCGAGAAAAGAUUUAUACAGCAUUAUCUGCAGCCAAUUAUUCCUAUGGCUCUUAUCAAUCACUUUGAAGAGAAAGCGGUGCAUGCUCUUUGCGAUGUAGUUACGCAACAUAUUGAAGCAACAAAAACACUACAACUCAAUGGCGAUAGUGGCAAUAGCAACGAAAGUUGGUGGAAAUUACGAGAAUCCUCUCUUUUAGCAUUGAGUCUUUCUAAGAAUAUUGUUAUUGAAAAACAACAGACUGGGCUAUUGCAAUUCGAUAUUAUUAGAUUUCUAGAUACAGUUGUUUUGGGAAUGUUAAAUGAUUCAGGAUCGCCUCCAUUACUUCUCGGUCGCUGUUUAUGUCUCGGUGGACGAUACGCAAAGAUAAUGCCACCUGAAGUGAGUUCUCGUUUUUUGGAAGCGACAGUUAAUGGUUUGCAGGAAAAUCAACCACCUUGCAUUCGCAUUAGCGCUGUUAAAGCGAUCUAUUGGUUUAGCGAGGCAUCUAAUGAGAAAGAUUCUAUUAUCAAUAUAAUACGUUGCCAUAUGCCCAACAUUUUUCAAGGAUUAUUCAAUAUAAUUAGUCAACCUAACACAGAAGUUUUAACUUUAGUCAUGGAAACAUUUCAAAUAUUAGUCUGGCAACAUAAAGAAUUUACAGCAUCAGUGGAAAACAAGAUUUGUCCUUUGACAAUUGCAGUGUUUGUAAAGUAUCAUAGUGACCCGACGAUUUUAGACAUAUGCCAAGAUAUAUUCAAGGAUUUGACAAAGAAUCCAAGUUGCAUUGAACCAUUGCAAUCUCGUAUAAUACCGACUUUAACGAGCAUGAUGGCAAUAACUCCUAUGAAUAAAUCAAAGGAUGAGGGAUCUAGAGCUGUGGCAUUAGAUGUGCUGAAAGUUCUAGUGCAAUAUUCACCGACACCUCUGAGUAAUGCUUUGAUAAAUAUUGCUUUUCCGGCUGCUUGUCACUGUAUUCUCAACUCGGAAGACCACGCAACACUGCAAAGCGGUGGGGAACUCAUACGCACAUAUAUAUCCGUGGCGGCACAGCACAUCAUUGCGCAUAGAGACAACGAAGGACAAACUGGAUUACAAUAUAUACUGCAGAUAAUCGCUCAACUUCUAAAUCCUCAGUCGAGCGAAUUUACUGCCACUUUUGUUGGACGUUUGGUCACAACACUGAUCAGAAACGUGGGAGAUAGUCUGGGUGAGAAUCUCGAUCUGUUGCUAAAAGCAGUAUUGAGCAAGAUGCAAAGCGCGGAAACACUAAUUGUAAUGCAAAGCUUGCUGAUGAUUUACGCACAUCUUAUAAAUACACAAUUUGAUGCUGUGCUGAAUUUCUUGUCAACCGUUCCCGGGCCGACAGGACAAAGUGCACUUGCAUUUGUAUUAUCUGAAUGGGUCAGUAGACAACAUCUGUUUCUUGGUAGAUAUGAUCGCAAAGUCGCCACGAUCGCAUUGUGUAAAAUUUUGGAAUAUGGUGUUACUCACGGCGAUAGUAGAUUAGAUGAAAUCACUGUCAAGGGGGACAUGAUAAUUUCAGGAAUCGAAGAUGGUGUGAGGACCAGAAGCAAAGCCGAAUCGCAGCCUUAUGAAUGGACUACGGUGCCUGUACUUGUAAAGAUUUUUAAAGUUAUAAUCAACGAAUUGUCAAACGAUAUCGAAGCCGUUAGUGCCAGCCAAGAUACAGAAGUUUCUGAUGAAGAUGAAGAAGAAGAUGAUGAUGAAUUCAUAGAUCCUGGAAAUGAAACUGCAAAUAUUUUACAAUUUGGUGGUGCAGAUGAAGAUAAUGAUGACGAAGAGGAUCUGGAAUUAUUGCGGGAUUCUAUCUACCAUUUGAACCUUGGCCAGUAUCUACGCGAUUUCCUAUUAAAUUUCUCCAUUCAUCAUUGCUUCCACGUAUAUAUCCAACACCUGAAUGUGCCAGAAUUAAGGGUUUUGAAUAACAUAAAUAUUAAUGCGCUUAUGUAAUUAUGUAGGACAAUUCAAACGAAACAAUUUUUGAAUUUCAUAAUAAACGAACAGAAUCUUUUCUAUAAGUUUUUAUAAUCUCACUUUUAUAUUCCUUGAAACAGUUUCGCGUCUAGUUAAUAUAUAAUUUCCCUGUCAAUAUUAAAAUUUGAAUAU